AUGAGUACAGAACUAAUCGAAUGUGUCAAGGGCAUAUUGCCGGGGUUUGACAUCCGCCUUGUUUCGCAAGGAGCAGAAGCGCUUGUUUUCAUCACAGACCAACAUCCCUAUUUACCACGAGAUAUAAAUCCGAGAGGCAUUUCUAACAGCAACCAAUACAUCAUCAAGUACCGCCCGAGAAAGCCUUAUAGACACGAGGUUUUAGAUCUUCAAAUUACAAAGAGCAGGACGGCCAGUGAGGCCAGACUUUUAUACAAACUGAAUUCUCUUGGGGUGAAGGCGCCCAAACUGAUUGGACUUGAUGCUCCUAAUGGAAUUAUAUGGAUGGAGUAUCUUGGGUUUCGGUUAGAGAAUGGGGAUUUCAGCAGUUUGAAGAACUGGCUAUGGUGGCUGGAAAGCUGUGGUGAGGCACAUGCCUUGGGUAUUGAAGCUAAGGAUGUCAUGCGAGGAGUUGGCGAAUCGAUUGCCAAAUUACACAUGAACGAUAUAGUCCAUGGUGAUUUGACUAGUUCCAACAUUGUGCUAAUUAAGGAAGGCAAGGAUGGAUUGGGGCUCUCGUUGAUUGACUUUGGACUAUCAAGUUACUCGGCAUUGAUAGAAGAUAAGGCCGUGGAUUUGUAUGUCUUGGAGAGGGCCCUCUCUUCAACGCACUCGCUAUAUUCGCAACUGUACAAUGAAUGGCUCCUUGAAGGGUACAGCCUAUGCUACGAUGUCCACAAAAAGACUUCUGCCUGUGUUGAAGUGGAGAGAAGGCUCCUACAGGUUAGAAUGCGUGGAAGAAAGAGGUCUAUGCUUGGCUAA